AAUGAAAAGGCAAUGACUAUGACAAACGGGCAGAAGAUUGAAAAAAAAAAAAAGAAAAAAAAAGGGAAAAAACACAGCUUUAGCUCAAGAGAAGAAGAAUAAGCUAAAUCUUUUUGUGAUCUUAUCAUAUGAGAAUUGAAAUACUAAAACCUCAAAGAACUAAACUUUCUCUUUGAUAAUUUGGUUUCAUCAGUUAUAUUCGCUACAGGAGUUUCUGGCUGAAAGCAACAAUUCCAAGAAUUUCUUAAGUUUAUCAUGGUUCUCGAAAUGUUUUUUCUUUGUUUUCCACAGUAUUGACGAUUAUUAAUGUGAGAGAUUACUUUGGCAUUUCAAGUAAGAAGUUUGUUGUGAAAAAGGUGUGAUGGAAAUAUCAUUGUUGAAAGCACUCCUUAAUGGCAUCUCCUCUUUUUUACAUUUAUUGUCCACUGAAAACUUAAGCUCAGACCUGGUUCAGAAGUAUUACCAGAAGGCAGAAGAGAUAUUAAAGCUGUUGAAGCCUAUACUUGAUGCCAUUGUUGAUUCUGAAAUGGCUUCUGAUGAAGUGCUUAAUAAGGCAUUUGAUGAAUUGGGAAAAUCUAUUGAUGAAUUGAGGGAGCUCUUUGUAAACUGGCAACCAUUAUCGAGUAAAGUUUAUUUUAUUCUGCAAGCAGAAUCAUUAAUAUCAAAGGUUCGGACUUUUGGCCUGGAUAUUUUUCAGCUGCUGAAGUCUUCUCCUCGACAUCUUCCUGAUGAAUUAAGUUCAUCAUCUCUUGAGUACUGCUUACAGAAAAUUAAGCAAAUGGGAUAUGAGCAAACAUCCUCUGUUGUCAGAGAAGCUAUUAGGGACCAAGCGGAGAGCGUUGGACCCAGCUCAGAGAUCCUAGUGAAAAUUGCAGAGAGCCUAAGCUUGAGGUCCAAUCAGGAGAUUCUGAUUGAAGCAGUGGCCCUUGAGAAGUUGAAGGAGAAUGCUGAACAAGCUGAAAAUCCCAGGGAAGCUGAGUUAUUUGAUCAAAUGAUUUCUCUUGUGACUCACAUGCAUGAUCGACUUGUCCUGAUGAAACAGUCCCAGACCAGUAGCCCAGUCCCAAUACCCGCUGAUUUUUGCUGUCCUCUCUCUCUUGAGUUGAUGACUGAUCCGGUGAUUGUGGCAUCAGGGCAAACCUAUGAGCGUGCAUUCAUUAAGAACUGGAUAGAACUUGGGCUCACUGUUUGCCCCAAGACAAGGCAGACUCUGACUCACACCAAUCUGAUACCUAAUUACACCGUGAAGGCACUCAUUGCAAAUUGGUGCGAGUCAAAUAAUGUGAAGCUGCCUGAUCCUGCGAAAUCUGUGAGCUUCAAUCAGCCUUCACCACUUCUUGUACACGCUGAGUCUGGCACACCCAGGGAUUUACAUGUUGUUUUUCCUCAUUCCAGGGGAAACCAACCGAUGUCUCCUGAGUCAACUCGUUCAACUGGUUCUCCUGGCAGGAAUUGGAUAUCUUCUGGUGCAAUUCAUCGAGAGGGAGCUUCUCCACUUCAUCCCCGUUCUACUUCUGAGGGUUCAUUGUCGGGUAUAAUAGGAAAUGAACGGGGUUUGGACUUGAUGAGAAUAUCAUUAACCAAUUCUGAGGAAAGGUCUGCUAACUUGGAAGGAAAGAGCUUGGAUUCAGUUGUCCACCACUCUCUAUCUCCAUCUAGAAAGGAAGUUUCAAAUUCUUUUAGAGCUGAUGAACCAAUAGCUCAGAGCCACAGUAGAAGUGCCUCAGCCUCCAGCACACUUCCUAAUGCAAACUUUUCUCAAGGAGCACAGGGAGAUAAUAAUGAGUCUUCAGAGGUGUCAAACCAUCUUGCUUCCUAUAGCAGUGAUAAUUCUGGGGAGGUAAAAGCAGAACCACAGGCUUCUACUGCCUCAAACACCUCUCACAGAGAACAUGAAUUCCCACCACGGUCACGAAGUCAAACUAUCUGGCGCCGGCCAUCAGAUAGGCUUGUUCCAAGAAUAGUUUCUUCCCCUGCUAUUGAAACAAGAGUUGAUCUUUCAGGUGUAGAAACCCAAGUUCGGAAGCUGAUUGAGGACUUGAAUAGUGAUUCAGUUGAUAUUCAAAGAGAGGCAACAUCUGAACUCAGGUUACUUGCGAAGCACAACAUGGAUAAUAGGAUUGUUAUCGCACAAUGUGGGGCAAUUAGUUUGUUAGUUAACUUACUUCGAUCAACUGACUCAAGGAUUCAGGAAAAUGCUGUCACAGCACUUCUUAACUUGUCAAUUAACGAUAACAAUAAAACCGCUAUUGCUAAUGCAGAUGCUAUUGAACCUCUGAUUCACGUUUUAGUAACUGGAAGUCCAGAGGCUAAGGAGAACUCAGCUGCCACUCUCUUUAGCCUUUCAGUGAUUGAGGAUAACAAGGUCAGAAUAGGACGAUCUGGAGCUAUUGGUCCUUUGGUUGAUUUAUUGGGGAAUGGAACUCCAAGGGGAAAGAAGGAUGCAGCUACAGCAUUGUUUAAUUUGUCAAUAUUUCAUGAAAACAAGGCUCGGAUUGUACAAGCUGGUGCUGUUAAGCACCUUGUAGAGUUGAUGGACCCAGCAGCUGGAAUGGUUGAUAAGGCAGUAGCUGUUUUGGCUAAUCUUGCAACAAUUCCUGAGGGAAGGGUUGCAAUAGGUCAGGAAGGUGGAAUCCCUGUUCUGGUUGAGGUUGUUGAGUUAGGUUCUGCAAGAGGGAAAGAAAAUGCAGCUGCUGCUCUUUUGCAGCUUUGCACAAACAGCAGUAGGUUCUGCAACAAUGUUCUCCAAGAAGGCGCUGUGCCACCAUUAGUGGCAUUAUCACAGUCUGGCACCCCAAGGGCUAAAGAAAAGGCUCAGGCACUUCUUCAGUACUUCAGAAACCAACGACAUGGUAAUGCUAGGGGCUGAUUUGUUUAAAGAUCAUCCUGUCAAUGCAUCUGAGGUUUUGAUUCGGUUCUAUACAUAGUGUGUACAUUUGAUAUUGCAAAUAACGCAAUUUUUUUUUUUCUGCUUGGAUUUUACAUGAUUUGUAGAGGAAAUUGAUUUACAGGGGACGCGAUUGAGUCCUUGUGAAAAAUGUUUUACAUGUUAAUGUGAGUUAAGUCUUUUUAGAGAGAUGGAGAAAGGCUGAGUAUUCGGGCGUUGUUGUGUCUCAUUUCUUUCUAUGCAUGACUUUUGUUGUCUCAGGAUGUUUUAGGAUAUUCAUUUAUUAUUUUUCUUAAUGCUGCCAGUAAAUUGAGGAAUCUUUUCUAA